ACAAAGACUUAUUGAGCCUAGUUGAAAUGACCUUUACUCUUCUUCACUCCCCCGUCUCCGCCACUCUCCCUACGACACUACCCACUAAGCCCACAGAUCUCUCUUUUCGAUACACCAACGGUCAUUUCGCAUCAAUCCCAACUCUCUCCCCAAUAUAACCAAACUAAAUCCAAACGCGUUUUUCUCUUCUCUCCCCCUCUCUUUAAGACAAUCUCAAUAAGAUCAAGAUAGCAAUCACAAUCAUAUUGUUGUCUCUCUCUUAAAAAGACAUGUCUUUGUCUAGCAAAUUCACUUUCUUUCUCCUCCUUCCGCUCAUUUUUCACGCGUUUUUGUUAGUCGUUAGGGCCCAGAACGGUGGGGUUGUGGUAUCGCAGCAGCUGUGGUGCGUGGCUAAGAACAACGCGGAGGACGCCGCCCUGCAGGGGGCGCUGGCCUGGGCCUGCGGUCAAGGGGGAGUGGACUGUAGCCCAAUCCAGCAAGGCGGGCCUUGUUAUGACCCCAGUGAUAUUCAGCAAAUGGCGUCUUAUGCUUUCAAUGACUACUAUUUGAAGCACGGCAUGACUGAUGAUAGCUGCAACUUUGAUAACUCUGCCGCUGUCACUUCUUUGAACCCUAGUCGAGGUAGCUGCAAAUUCCCAGCUAGCUCGGCAGUGAAGAAUGGGAACAAUGCAGGCUCAACAGCAACAACAGUGGGAAUGGGCACAAAUAGUGCAGAUUUUAGUGGCUGCAGACAGAUGGCUCGCGCAUGGUUUUGGCCCUUCAUUACCAUUCUUUUGUUCUUUUUGAGUAUAAUUUGAGUAAGAUAGGCUACUGGUUUCUCUUUUUUGUUCUUUUUCUCCCUUCUUAUGCAUCAUAUUCUUCAAACUGUCCAAAAAAAGGGCACAGACCUUCUGUUGAGAUUAUACUUUUGUAGACGUUUAGGAACAGUUCUGGUUAUUGGAUUAGGGUGUUUUUGAGUUAAUAUUUUUGAUAUUAUUAUAGUUAUCUUCAAUUGUUAAU